UUUUUUUCAACGGUGGAUCUUCGCACAGCUUUUCCUUCGGUUCGCUUUCCCCCUCUCAUUCGCUACCUUCUUCAAUCUGCAGAUUGCUCUCCCAUUCCGAACUGCCACUUCCAUCUCUCGUCGCGAACAAUCAUGAGUAUUGCUCUAGGAAGAAAGAUCAAGAUCGGAAUUGAAGGAUGUGGAAGGCUGAAUCGCUUUUUUACGAGGGUCGCUCCCAACGGACCAGACGCUAAGACCCUUCCAGCACUGCCCUACCUCAUCUCAAAGCAGUAUCAACAGGGACUGGAAUCUAGUAGUAUGAAGUCCUUGAGGAUGCUUGCACUUCUUGGGGCAGGUGUAUCAGGACUUUUAAGUUGUGCUACAGUAGCUUAUUCUGAUGAGGCGGAACAUGGAUUGGCAUGUCCUGACUAUCCAUGGCCUCAUAAAGGAAUUCUCAGUUCAUAUGACCAUUCAUCGAUUCGCCGGGGUCACCAAGUAUACCAACAAGUGUGUGCAUCUUGCCAUUCAAUGUCUCUAAUUUCGUAUCGUGAUCUUGUGGGCGUUGCAUAUACUGAAGAAGAGACGAAAGCUAUGGCGGCAGAGAUUGAGGUGGAAGAUGGGCCUAAUGAUGAGGGUGAGAUGUUUACCCGUCCAGGGAAACUUAGCGAUCGCUUUCCUCAGCCUUAUUCAAAUGAACAAGCAGCAAGAUUUGCUAAUGGAGGGGCCUAUCCCCCAGAUCUAAGUCUCAUAACUAAGGCCCGUCAUAAUGGGCAGAACUACGUAUUUGCUCUUCUAACCGGUUAUCGUGAUCCUCCUGCUGGUGUCUCGAUACGAGAAGGACUUCAUUAUAAUCCUUACUUUCCUGGUGGUGCUAUUGCUAUGCCCAAAAUGCUUAAUGAUGGUGCUAUGGAAUAUGAAGAUGGUACCCCAGCAACAGAGUCCCAGAUGGGGAAAGAUGUUGUGACAUUUUUGACAUGGGCUGCAGAGCCGGAAAUGGAAGAGAGAAAACUGAUGGGAUUUAAAUGGAUCUUCGUGCUGUCACUUGCACUUCUCCAAGCAGCAUAUUAUAGACGAUUGAAAUGGUCAGUCCUCAAGUCUCGAAAGCUGGUUCUUGACGUUGUCAAUUAACCCGAACAAGGGUUUUCAGUGGAGAUAUGUUUUGGUAAUAAUGGCUGUAGUAGGUGAUUUUUUGGCCCUUACUUUUGAUCUGUGAUUCAAAUAGCCUUGCAAGCUCGUAUUGAAUGGAGAAGAAGAAGAACCUCCAUGCAAUUGUGUAUUUUUUUUUCCAGAGAAUAUAAUUGCACACCAGUUUGUUUGUUAUUUAGUCUACUUAUGGACGUUAUAAUUUAUUGGAGAAUUUAUUCUUCCUUGUGAGGGUGCUAAUCUGCACCAAAUAUUUGUCUAUUUCCUGUUUGAUGUAAUGUUCCUCCGAGCUUAAUUA